UUUACUUUCUCCUGGCAAAGUAGUGCUGCUGGCUCAGCGGGGCGCCUUGAGCAGCUUUCCCGCUCUGAUCCAUUUAGUCAAGUUUCUUUCCCGCCCUGAUCCAUUUAGUCGCGUUCGUUUUUCCGCACCGAUGAGCUCGGCUGCCGCGUCCUGAUCCGAUGUGUCGUCCUUCUGUCGGAUUACAAUAAUCCACGCCAAAGCGGAUUUCCUCCAACGGGGCUGCGGCGAGGUCUUGUGGGUAAUGAAGUCCUCUUCCAACAUGGCUGCCGUGUCUUUUCUCACUUCCGCCAGCAGCCGACACCAUUUGUAAAGGGGCGUGGUUUAGACUAAGUUUCCGGAGCGAGCGCCGCCUCCAUGGUCUGCUUGUGAGUGUCACGUUAGGUGAGGGGUCAAAGGUGACUUGGAAGCCUCCAGAGAAGUGAUGGUUCUUUUGGGUCAGGUCCAUUUACGGACAUUUUGUGAGGACAGAGACGUCCCCACUGACACGACUUAUCAUCACAUGACAUGUGCACGCUGGCAGCUGCUCUAUAUAAAAGCUGCAGGAUUGAGUGGGGGGGGCGCAUCCUCACACCCCCGUGAAGACAUCUGAAGACAUGGCCAGCAGAAAGACCAAGAAGAAAGAAGGCGGAGCCAAACGGGCCCAGCGAGCGUCGUCCAACGUGUUCUCCAUGUUUGAGCAGACGCAGAUCCAGGAGUUCAAAGAAGCUUUCACCCUCAUGGACCAGAACCGAGAUGGCUUCAUCGAUAAGGAGGACCUGAAGGACACGUACGCCUCUCUGGGCAAAGCCAACGUGAAGGACCAGGAAGUGGAGGAGAUGCUGAGAGAAGCUAGCGGUCCCAUCAACUUCACCAUGUUCCUCACUCUGUUUGGAGGAAAGCUUCACGGCACCGACCCGGAAGACACCAUCCUCAACGCCUUCAAGAUGUUCGACACCGACGCCAAAGGUUUCAUCCACAAAGACCAUUUACAUCAAUUACUCACAACACAAGCUGACAAGUUCACAGAGGAGGAGGUCAAGCAGAUGUUCCAGUCGUCCAACAUCGACUCAUCGGGAAACUUGGACUACAAGUCUUUGUGUUACAUCAUCACUCAUGGCGAAGAGCGGGAAGAGUGAAGAUGGCCUCUCCCUCUUGUUGCUAGGAAGAAUAGACCAUCCAAAGUCUCUCUGUUGUUGCCAAACAAUAAAGUCUCAUUGUUGCCAGGCAGAAUAA